AUUCAAAAUGGUCGAGAAGCCAUUCUUUUCCUUGGAAACAGGGAUUAAGGUCGCGUGCCAUACGCGAGCCUAAAUAAUCGUAUGCUAAUAAAUGCGGGAGGGAAAUACUUAAGACACACUUAUACUGAUACUGGCCGACCGUCACAGUAGAGUUCGAAAAGUCUUGGGAUACGUUGGUUUACAUCGCUGAAGUCUCCGCUACCGCCAGACUGCUGUCGAGUCUCUUACAGCUUGAUGGUAAGGAAGGAACGCUAGGCUCCUUCGUUAGUUGACAGAGAGCGGAAACACGUGUGCAGGCAGUUCGAAGCUCUCAAAUAAGUGGCUUUAUUAAUUUGGAAAGAGUUUUGUCGUCAGUCAGUCCCCUCAGUCCUUCCGGAGUUGUGCUUUUACGUAGAAGACCAUAGAACUGGUCUCGUGUGUGCACACGUCGGUGCCGUUGGGGCAUGCACGCAUCACCAAAAGGGGUGUCACUAGCCCCAUUGGAAGAGGAGCACUCCCUCAUUCGUCCGUGCGUGCUAAGUACUGUCAAUCACACUCUGUAGGCGUGGCUUAUUCACAAAGCCGAUCGGAUGCAUACGGCCCUGUUCGCUCUUUGAUACGACGAGGCAGAUAUUACUCGCUGCCCGUACACCGAGUGCGGCAGAGUCACAUAUAAUCAUGGGUCGGUUACGGCUCUCCUGGAGAUAUAUCACGUUUUUAACAGUUUACUUCAUCACAUUUUGGACAAAGGUAACUGGAACAGAGAAGUUCGAAUUGGAAUUAUCGUCAUUUAGAAACACUCUGGAAGCGGACAGUCAAGGAAAUUGUUGUGGUACGGGCGCACCCGGGCAGUGCUCGGCACAGUGUGAAACCUUUUUCAGGAUUUGUUUGCUGGAAUACAUGCGGGAUAUACCAUCGGAUGUGGAAAAUACACAGGCUUGCACUUUUGGAGAAGAAAUUACACCCGUGCUUGGAGAUAACUCGUUUGAGAUUCCCAGUGGGCCCUCUGAGGAAAAUAACUUCGUCAACCCUGUGAGGCUCCAGUUGAAUUUCGCCUGGCCGGGGACUUUUACGUUAAUUAUCCAAGCGUUUCACGACGUUACAAGUUUGGGACCCGCCCCAGGUAGCGAACGGCAGCUUUUAACAAGGGUGGCCUUCCAACAGUAUCUAGGAGCGGGCAGUGAGUGGACGAACGGAACGCACAUAGACGAGGACUACCAGCACGAGUUGAACUUCUCCUACCGAGUCGUCUGCAAUGAGAAUUACUACGGCCCGACCUGCUCUAAUAUCUGUCGGCCCAAGAACGACAGCUUGGGCCACUGGAGGUGCGAUGAAAAUGGUCAGAAGGUGUGCUUGGACGGCUGGGAGGGACCCUUUUGCACCAUAGCUAUCUGUGCCGAAGGAUGUGCACACGGGACAUGCAUCUCAGAGCCAGGAACAUGCAAUUGUCAGUAUGGCUGGGAGGGAGAACUUUGUGACCAGUGCAUCCCCUACGACGGCUGUGUCCACGGUUAUUGCGACAAAGUACCCGGGGAAUGUAUCUGUUACCCUGGUUGGGGAAAUCUACUGUGUAAUCAAGAUCUUUAUUACUGUACAAACCACAUGCCCUGUCAGAAUGGGGGAACGUGCGAAAACGGCGGUCAACCGGAGGGUUUCACGUGCUUCUGUGCGCCUGGGUUUACGGGGAUCGACUGCAGCGUGGCGGUUGAAUGCCCGUGUCAGAACGGGGGAACUUGUCAAAGCACUGAGAAUGGUUAUGCAUGCGCAUGCCCUGCCGGGUUCACGGGCAUGCACUGUGACACCAUCUUGGUCCCGACCUGUUGCAGCAAUGGCGGGACUUGCAUCACCACUCAAGAUGGUCACCAGUGUCUGUGCCCAGCCGGGUACUCUGGCAACCGCUGUGAGACCAGAGAUUAUUGUAGCAGUAGCCCGUGUGUCAACGGUGGUACUUGUGUCAACACCCUGAGUGGAUUCUCUUGCGUCUGCCCCAAUGGAUAUACUGGACGCACCUGCAAUAGGAACGUGUGUGCACCCGACAUGUGUAGGAACGGCGGUACCUGCGUGGCUGACUUUGACACCCUUCGCUGUGUAUGCCCCAGACAGUUCACAGGCGCACAAUGUGAGACGGAGCUCAGCGAGUGCCAGUUAACUGCACCUUGUGCCCACGGAGCCACCUGCGUGGACCACGAGGACACUGGCUACGAGUGCCUGUGCCAUGCUGGAUAUACCGGCCGGAAUUGCACCGUGCCGAUGGCCUGCCUGCCCAACCAGUGUCUGAACGGAGGGACCUGCUCUCCAAAUCUUACUAACCCAGUGGAUUUUGUGUGUAACUGCCCUCCCGGCUGGAUUGGAAAGACGUGUGGAAUGGCCGAGACGCAUGAUGUGACGGCGUUCGCCACUACGCCGGAGACGUCGGUUACCUCCGGUUCGAUAGACCGUCGGUCAUCAUCGUCCAUGUUGCCGGUUGAUGAUAAAGACGGUGUUGAUGAUGAAGACGGUACCAGCUCGCCCCAGCUGCACUCCUCUUCUGGCCUGUCUGAUGUCACUCAGAUUGCCAUUUACGUGUCCUUCGGUGUGCUCAUCAUUAUUCUCAUCAUCAUUCUCAUUAUCGUAGUGUACAGAAGACAACACGUGGACCACAGCCAUGCACGUGGUGCACGCGAUGUUGAGAAAACGGACUCAACACCCAACAACAGACACAUGUACAGAGACAACUUUUCGCAGGAGGAAAAGGUCCUGCCUCUGCUCAGCAUCAGCAGCAAAGUUUGCAAUACGGAAAGUGACAAUUUUAGCAAAGCAAAGUGCAAAGACUACUCCGCACAGGAGACUUACCACGAGAGCUUGCCCGUGGAGAAGAUAAGUACCCAGGAGUGCAUGAGUUACGUCCAGAGACAUUCACUGCCGAGACUGGACUCGGAAGACAAUUAUUAUUAUUAUGAUGAGAAAGCUUCUCAGCUGAAAAGAACUGAAUCGUUGCACUCGACGUGUCAGUCAACGGAAAGCACACCGAGGCACAAUAUUAAGUGUUCCAUCGUGCAAAUUUCUGCAGUUAUUGAAGAUAGCAACCCAAAAAGUGUAAAUAGAAAUUCACAGUGUUAUUCAGUACAUCUCAACGAAGAAAGGUCGACGCCGGCAAGAUUGCAAGCCACAGAGGUAUGAGUCUUCAAUGUUGUGGUCGCCCUGUAAUGCCAACACUGCCAUUUUUGUUUUAAAAAACCUGCUUUACAUCACUGCCAAUAUUGCUGUCGUUGAUGACUUUGCCUCUCCUUCGGAAACUGUUCUUCUAUGCAGCCUGUGCCGACGAUGCGUAAAACGGCCAUGGCCGCUCCUGUACGUAUGUACCGCAGCUAAGGAACCAUUGUGCCUUGGAUGAUAAUUAUAUCAUAGUUAAUUCGCAGCAAUAUUCCAAAGCUUCAGAAAAAACAAAAAAAAACAAAACAACAAAACAAAAAACAUAAGAGUUUUUCAAAAACAAAUAGAAAAAGUAAACUGUGUUUUAGUGAAAGGUGUCUGCUUUCUAUAGCGCGCUGUUUUUUGAUUAUCUUUGUAUAGGAUGGCUGUACCAUACAGAAUGGUCAUGCUUUGUACUGGGAUAAUGCGGUGAUGUAAGUUUACAUAAAGAAAGAGGUUCACAUGAUCCCUUUUUACCGAUGUAGUUUCCUUUUUCUAUUGAAAGUUGUUACAUAUUCCUAUUUAUUGCAAAAAUAAAACUUAAACUGAUCAAAACAUAGGAACGUAUGAUUGAUUGUGUUGUUAAAUUAUUGAGAUAUAAAUUUUCUUGAAAUAUUUUAUAUAUUUUUGUGAGUUAAGAGUUUCCUUUUUGAUUUCCAUUAUUUAAUUAUUGAACUAACAAAGGCGAAAAAUGACGAGAAUCAAUUUAAUGACUUUAUUGGUUAGCUAGAAGUUUCUACUGAUUAGGACCAUUUUCUAGCUACCGACUUAAUUACUAUGCAUGCGGACCAAAAUGUAUUUUAUUGUGCCGGCCUUAACAUGCGCAAACUUGGAUGUUCUCACCCAUGCGAUAGGUGUUUUUGCUGGCAUUUGUCCAAUUUUGUAUAUGCUGUGUAUAUUUUAUAGGGAGAGUAAAAAAUGCACAUUUGUAUAUACAUAAUGUGGAAAAUCAUGGAUAUCAUAUUGGUAUUUUGUGAUUUUAGAAUCCGAAAUAAAUGAACCAAACUGCCAGAUUUUCCUUUUCAUGACCGAAGCACUCGCCAAACAUUUUGUCACUUGAUAUCUGCAGUUUUGUUCAUGGUCAUCAAAACUUUGUAUCCAAAAGAAAACACUGUUUGAUCUGUAGAUAAAUAAGGAUGUUAUUGAGCAGCGGCAUGUACUUACAAGAACCUUAUGUUUCCGUGGCUAAACGUGGUAAGUCCAUGGUUUGCCAAAUAAUCACAAAAUACAUGUGACGAACUGGUUCUUCAGUGUUGAUUUCCUUUCAAGCGUACAGACUACAAGUACACAACUCCAGAAGAGCUAACCUUUGAUAUAUACAGCUUGGCUUUCUUUCCACUGAAACAGUAUUUGGAUGGUGCUUCGAUGAUCACCUUUCCAGCCCUAAAAUCCGUCAAGAUAAAUUUGUCAAUUCUUUUCAAUAUCAAACCCAAGCUACAAUGGAUUAUUUACCAAACGGUAGAAUCCUAUAUAUAGAAUAUGAUCACGUGUUGUGACGCAGUGUGAUUUUUCAAGACAGCCAACGGUGUCUUGGGACCACCAUCAUUUUUUUUCUCGCGGGAAUGACGAAUUGAAAAGAAAAUGGGGGGACACUAACAUUAUGAAAUGUUGGGAACAGGAUCAAGGAAACAAAGAUUGGACUAUCACUGCCUGUAUAAACG